AUGUCGACUCUGCACUCAGCUGUAACUGCGAUCACGCACAACAUUCCUUCAUUCCUACGUCAACCUGCAGAAGCUUUGAUAGGCGAGAAAUGCUAUGAAACGUUGGUAUACAAUUUUGAUAUCACUCAUGUCGAAUGUCUGAAAUACGCUUUAUCCAAAGGAUUAGGAUUGGGUAUCGUCUUAGGUGGUGGAAUAGUCAAGAUACCUCAGAUACUCAAGAUUGUAGGAUCUGGUUCUGCUAGAGGUUUAUCUCUUUCUGCCUACAUUCUCGAGACUGCCUCAUACGCUAUCAAUCUGGCAUAUGCAUCUAGAAACAGAUUCCCAUUUUCCACAUAUGGCGAAAACUUCUUCUUGACCAUUCAAAAUGUCAUUAUCACCCUCUUGAUCCUCUUCUUUUCCGCACCUAAAGGUGCUAUUGGAACCAGUGGUGGAUUAGGAGGUCCUUUAACUGGUAGUGGUAAAUCAAUAAAGGGGAAUAACGAUAACUUGGGUAAAGUCAUCUCUGGCUUAGUCAUUACCAUAAUUAGUGGAAUCGUUCUCUGGUCAGAGAACCUUUGUCCACCUGGAAUGCUCGCCUUACUUCAAGCUGCUACAUUACCCUUAUCAUUAAUAUCCAAAGCACCUCAAAUCAUUUCCAAUCACAAACACAAAUCAACAGGUAAUUUAUCUGCUUUCGCAGUAUUCAACGCUUUAUUAGGAUGCUUGGCAAGAUUAUUCACAACCAAACAAGAAGUUGAUGAUCCUUUGAUCUUUUACGGUUUCGCAGGUGCGGCGAUAUUGAAUGCCGUUUUAGCUAGUCAAAUGAUCAUUUAUUGGAAAAAUAAUGACUUGGAUUCAAAAGCUUCUAUAAGAAGACAUAGUGCGGAAGAAAGAGGUACUGCCCUUUCUCCAGAAAAAGUAUCAACAGCUUCUUCUGGUUCUGGUUCUGGUUCUGGUACGAGAAGAUGGGCAAGGAAAGUAGAUUAA